CGGUCCCUCCACGCCCCGUCUGACAUGACCCCGCUCCAAGCGCCGCGGCUGCGGAGGGGGCCCGCCCGGCGCUCCGCCGCAGGCUCCCCCAUCUCCUCAUGCUGAAUGCGUUCGCCCGCGGCGCUCCCCCGCCCCUCACCCGUCCCGUCCUUGCGCGGCCUGUCCCGCCAUGGGGCUGACGGCGCGGCUGAGCGCCGGGGCAGCACGGCUUCUCUUCUACCCGACGCUGCUGUACACCGCGGCGCGGGCGCGGCUGCCCGGGUCCCGCCGGCCCUGGUUCCACCGCAUCGACGGCACCGUGCUGCUGGGGGCGCUGCCGCUGCGGGGCCGUAGCCGCAGGCUGGUGGCGGAGGAGAACGUACGCGCCGUGGUCACUCUCAACGAGGAGUACGAGACCCGCUUCCUCUGCUGCUCCGCCCAGGAAUGGGAGGCCAUGGGAGUGGAGCAACUGCGUCUGAGCACUGUGGAUCUAACUGGAGUCCUCACCUUGGAAAACCUCCACAAGGGGGUUGAAUUCAUCAUGAAACACCAGGCAUGUGGUAACAGUGUCUAUGUGCACUGCAAGGCAGGACGCUCCCGCAGUGCCACCAUGGUGGCAGCAUAUUUAAUUCAAGGUUUCUGCCUUUUCAGCUGCAUCACUGGAGCCCUCAGGAAGCAAUAGAGGCUAUUACUAAGAUCCGUCCCCACAUCCUCGUUCGGCACAAGCAAGUCCAGGUCCUGGAGAUGUUUCACAGGAACGUGAUCACUGAGAUAACUGCAGAGUGUCAGUAAGAACUAUUAAAAAUCUCUGUCUUAGCUGCUUUAAAAAAACCUUACAUUUUAAUGAUGUAGUAGUGAAGGCUUAAGUAUUGUACUUCUUGACCAUCAAUAAAGAAAUUUUUACAUAAAUUACAGUAAA